AUGCAAAAAGCCUCAUCACCAUACCUCCGUGAUCUAGAGCACCGCGGCUUCAUCGAAGGUCUCACAUAUAUAGACAAGUCUUCCAAACCCUUAUGUCACUACUUCGGUGGCAUUCCAUAUGCACUACCUCCUGUAGGCCCUUUCAGAUGGCAGAAGCCAAGACCGCUGCCUGCAUGCUAUAGGUAUGGAACAAGAGCAAACCCGGGACGCUAUACGGGCGGUUGCAGUAUUUGUCCACAGCCAAAGCCGAAUGAUGAGCUUAAUACUGAAUUGUGGGAUGAGGAUUGCUUACAAUGCAAUGUUUGGAUCCCGGUGGGAGAUCCGCCGAAAGGAGGGUGGCCUGUGCUAUUCUGGAUUCACGGCGGCUUCCUCCAAUUCGGCGACCCCAACGAAGACGACCUGCGCGCCAUGCUCAGCGAAACCCCUUGCAAAGCUAUCGUCAUAGCCCCUGCCUACCGACUCAACAUCUUCGGCUUCCUCGCAUCUCCUGAACUCUGCGAAGCCUCCCCAGGUGUGUCCCCCAACGUCGGAUUCUGGGACCAACGCCUCGCACUAGAAUGGACGUGGCACAACGUCAGCUACUUUGGCGGUGACGCAUCCAACAUCACCAUUGGCGGAUAUUCCGCGGGCUCACAUUCGACGUUCCAUCAACUCGCCUAUGAUCUCGGGGUCUCCGAUUCCAAAAGCAUCGUGCGAAGAGCGUUGAUGUUGUCGAACGGCCCCGGUAUGCAACCGAAAUCCUUCGAUGAAGCGCAGGCGCAAUUCAACGAACUUCUUUCAGUUCUCCAAAUCCCUAUGAGUCUCUCGGCUGCGGAGAAACUCGCAAAGCUGCGGACGCUAGAACCCAAGAAACUGAUUCAAGCAAGCAUCAAAAUGAAAUACCACCAAUUCCGCGCGACAACAGAUGGGUCUUUCGUCCGACAUGGCCUCCUCAAUGAAAUUGACUCCGGGAUCUUUGCGGCGCAGAUGAAGCGCAGAGGUGUGAGACUUAUCAUCGGGGAAUGCAAAGACGAACACUUCGUUUAUGGAAACUGGCGACCGCCUAAGAACAAUCUAGAUAGUCUUUUCCGUCGCCUACAAGCAGACUACCCGCUUGCAGCCUGCGAGACCCUCAUCGACCAUUACUAUCCUAACGGAAAACUCCCCGCGAAUUGCAAAACCUGGCAAGAAGCCUUCGGCCGCAUCUACGCAGACAUCCAAAUCCACGCGCUUGAGCGCGGGAUGGUCUCAGCACUCACCCGCCAUGGCGCGGGCCAUCUCAUCCACCGGUACCGUAUGGAAUGGCGCGCGCAAUGUUGUGAUAAGCUGUGGCCGCGGGGUUGGGGUGUUACACAUGGGACAGACAUGGCGAUUUGGUUCUGGGGGAAUGAAUUCAGUCUUAGUAAGAAGGAAAAGAGACUGGUAAAGAAUGCGUUUCAUGAUAAUUUCGCAAGCUUUUUGAAUGGGGAGGACAUGGAUUGGGGGACAGAGCAUCCGUUGCACGUAAGGACGUUGACUUCAAAAGGUACGGUGGUUUGCGAGGAGGAUGAGAGGCUAGAUGAGGGAUUAAGGGUUUGGGAUGUGUUAAAAAGGGUGGGAGCGACGGGAAAUAUGCUGAAUGCGAAGUUGUAGGCCUUUGAGGACGGCCCUCUUCAUCCUCUCGCCGUUCUCCCAAAUGUUGGGAAGAGAUUUACUAUAUCAAAUUUGAUCUUCCAACGGUUCCCAAAAUCUAUUGGCCCACGGGACUGCGGACGAGCCCGCUUGCACUUCUCAGCCCUUUGUUGAGAACUCAAUCCCACUCAUUCUACUCCGGCGAAAAUGAAGCGUAGAAUAGGAUAGAGCCUCGCAUCAUACACACCCUGCCCGC